AUGAGCGCUGGGGGCAGCGGUGGCUGUCGAGUGCGGGCCCGAGACCAGGAACAGCUCCCCGGGCGGGCGCGCCGGCGUCGGACUUCCGAGGCGGCGGCUACUGCCUCGUCUGCCGCCGCCGCCGAGCUGCGGCUGCCGCGGAAUGGGCGUUUAAAGGGGAGAGCGAGGCGAGGAGCGAGCGAGCGAGCGCGCGGGGCCGAGGGAAGGAAGAGGAGAGGGGAGGGAGGAGAUGUUAACGGGGGGAGGGGGAGGGGGCGGUGGCGGGGGCGGGAGGGGGAAGGGGCCGGCGGGAGCAGCUCUCGGCUCGGCGGUCGCGGCGCCCGCAGUCUGGAGGCGCACCGGAGCGUCCGGGGCGCCCCCCGCGGGAGCCCGCGGCUACCCGGGGCGCGCAUCCAGCCGCGGCGCCUCGGGCCGGGCACGUUGCGCCCCGGGGAUCUGCGGACCUCGCGCCACCGCCGCCGCCGCCGCCGCCGCUGCUUCGGAGCUUGUGAGGCGCGGGCUGGCCGGCGGAGCGGCCAGGGCCCGGCCCGCCUCCCAGUGCCCGCCGCGGCUUCUCCCCCUGGCGGUAGGAGCCUCGGCGGCCGCCGGCUACACCGAGCGCACUGGAGCCCGAGCCGAGCCGAGCCCGAGUCGCACCGCCACCGCUGCCACCGCCGCUCCCGGGCGCCCUCCCAGCGCAGCCUGCCGGGAUGUGGGGGACGGCGGGCCGGAGCAGCGAGGGGGCGCGCACUGGGGUUGAUGCUGAAGACCGGACCCUCAGCCGCGAGGGCAUCUGGGCUUGUGAUGGGGGUCUUGUAUCCCUGUGGCAUCGUUGGAUCAUGCAGUGUCCUCUGGAUGAUUGACAAUUUCUCCUGUAGACAGGCUGGAUUAAUUUUCUCCCUGGAAUUGGGACCACUGAAUGUGACUGAGUCCCACCUCAUGUCUUACUGUAACCAUUCUAAUCCCCCACAUCCUGAGGGUAGAUGUCUCCAGACAUCGAAGGUGGCCACAUACACAGAGUGUGGAUGAAUGUCAAGUCAUGUCUUUCCAAAAACGGGCCAGUGUUCAAAGAGCUACGUCUCUUUCUAUGCGAGAGAAUGGCCAGGGAGAAAAUGCCUCACCAUGGAAGAGUGAAGGUGCUCCAGAACAGGGCUUCUUAGACUCUGAUUUGCAUUUUCAUCCCUGUGGUUAUUUAGAGGCUGACACAGAUUCAGUAGGCUUUGGGUGGGGCCCGAUAGUCUGCUUUUCUAACAAGUUCACAGAUGAUGCCAGGCUGUGAUCUCUGAACGGCAAGAGCUUAGGCCCUUUAAGAGGCAUCUCCUCUCCCCUCUGUACAGUCAACAAAAGGAAAGCACUUACCACUCAGAGACUUAAAAAACAGGAAACACAGUAUGUACUUCUGUAAGACCAGAAACAAAAUGAACUAAACAGAGAAGACACAUCAAUCAAAGCACGACUUUAUUAUCCACACUGAGAUGGAAUGGAGUAAAAGACAGACCCCAGACAUUCAGUGGAUACAAGUGAAUCUGCUUUUUUUUUUUUUUUUUAACUGGGGAUUGAACCCAGGGCUCUUAACCAGUGAGGGACAUCCCCAGCACC